AUGACAGGAUCCACAUUGAAGCCUUUCAAAGACUGUCCAUAUCUAAAGCCACCUAGAAAGCAUGGCGAGUCAUGGAAGCCAAACAACUGCACCACAGCAACAUGUGACGAUGGUAAAGAAAUCACAGAACAUGUGCUAUGUGAAAGCAUGACCAUGCCUGUAUGCGAAAAUGGGCACCCACCAGUUAAGGUCUAUGAUGAAGCAGGCUGCUGUUUUCACUACAGCUGCAGAUGUGUUUGUACUGGCUGGGGAGAUCCUCAUUAUACGACAUUUGAUGGUCAAUACUACAGUUUCCAGAAAAAUUGUACAUACGUCCUGGUCAAAGAGAUCAUUCCCAAACACAAUUUUAAGAUUCUCAUCGACAAUGAAAACUGUGAUGCCUCUGGAACUGUGACCUGUACUAAAGCCUUGAUUGUGUUUUACAAGGAGUAUGAAAUUAUUCUUUCACAGGAGAGAAUCCCAAAGACCGUAAACUUGGUGCACAUCAACGGCAAGCGGGUAUUCCCAACUUACUCUAAUAAAGACUUCAUCAUCACAAGUACAGCAAUUCGGCUUUUUUUGAGAAUCCCGGCAAUUGAUGCAGAAGUGACAUUCAAAGGACUUGCAUUCAGCGUUGAAUUGCCAUUUGCCCUUUUCCACAACAACACAGAGGGACAGUGUGGUACCUGUGACAAUAACAAGAAAAAUGACUGCAGAUUACCAAAUGGCCAGAUUCAUCCCUCAUGCUCUGAGAUGGGAUAUCACUGGCAUAUACCCGACAAGAAUAAGCCAUAUUGUGAGGAACUGUCUCCUCCACCAACACCAGGACCUACACCUACACCAACAACCUGCAAACCUGAUAUCUGUGAAAUUUUGAUCAGCAAGGUGUUUGAGAAAUGCCAGGAAGUCAUCGCACCAGAGCCCUUUUAUGAGGCUUGUAAAUUUGAUGUUUGCCACAUGCCGAAUUCCACUGUGGGUUGUUCAAGUCUGGAAGCAUAUGCAAUGUUGUGUGUUGAAGCAUCUGUCUGUGUAGACUGGAGGAGCAUCACGAAUGGACAGUGUGAAUAUAAAUGUCCAGAAAAUAAAGUCUACAAGCCUUGUGGACCAAGCUUUGUACCAACUUGCAAUACAAGAUACAAUGAGAAGUAUGCACAAUUCCAGGGAGAAAAAGCUGAACAGAACACUGCCUUUAAUCAAUUCAUUGAGGGAUGCUUCUGCCCAGAGGGGAUGACUUUAUUCAGUUCAAACUCUGACAUCUGUGUCACCUCCUGUUGCACUGGACCUGAUGGCCAACCCAAGCAGCUUGGUGAGACUUGGCAGAGUGGCUGUCAGCAGUGUGUUUGUGAUCAGGACACUUUGAGUGUUCAGUGUAAGCCUCUCACAUGUCCCACUCAAGAACCAGUUAUCUGUACCAAGGUGGGUGAGGUGUUGGUGAACCGUACAGUGGACUGCUGUGAGAGACUGACAUGUGAAUGUGAUAACAAACGCUGUUCAUUGCCAACACAGAAGUGUAAACUUGGAUUUGAGUUGGACAUCCACAUAUUGAAUGAUAGUUGCUGUGCUCAAUCCCUCUGUGUACCCAAAGGUGUCUGUGUCUUCAAUGAUACUGAGUACAAGCCAGGUAUGGAUUUCUCCAAAAACCCAUGUGAAACAUGCCACUGCACUGAAAUUCAGGAUCCCAACAGCAAGUUGAACACGAUUAAAUGUUAUCAGAAGCAGUGUUUCAUACACUGUCCACAGGGCUAUGUGUAUGAACACCAACCUGGACAAUGUUGUGGAACAUGUAAAAAGACAAAGUGUGUUUUAGAGUUCCCAGGUCUCACUCCGAUAAUUAUUGAACCUUCUCAGUCUUGGUCACCACCAGGUGACAAUUGUACCAAAUAUGAUUGCCAAAGGGUGAAGGAUGAGUUUAUAGUCUCUAAAAUCCAAACAAUAUGUGCUGAAUUUCAUCCAGAAAACUGCAUUCCUGGAACUGAACAGACUGACAAGUAUGGUUGUUGCAAAACCUGUACUCCUCAUUACAACUGUCAAGUGAACAGGAACACCACCUAUCUGCAGACAGAGAAUUGCAAGUCAGUUGUGCCAGUGGAAAUUGCAGCCUGUAAAGGAUCCUGCGGAGCUUCCUCAUCAAUGUACUCUGCGGAGAGCAACAAGUUGAUGCAUUCCUGCUCAUGUUGUCAAGAAAUGGCCACCAGUAAGAAGGAGGUGGAGAUGAUCUGCUCUGAUGGCAGCAAGAUAAAGCACACCUAUGUUUCGGUUGACAAGUGCAGCUGCCAAGUUGCGAAAUGUACUAAGAACUAAUGAAAAAACUUUGAAACUGAAAACUUAUCUGACUAAAGUACUCUUAUAAACUUUGAUGAUUCCUCUUCAAAAACUAUUAGAGAAUCAAGACUCAAUAUGUGAAAACCACUGAAGACAUACCUCUGUGCAUUAGCUGAAGGCGUGGACCUGAGAACAGUCCAGUACAGGAUAUGUUACAGCAAAUUAGUUGAAUGUUUAAAACAGCGGCCUGAAAGGUUUUUCUAACAUGAGCAUCGCUUUGAGCUGUUACACCUUUGUGUUUUAUGUCAGUAAUGCUUAGGGCCACCGGUCCAGGUAGUGUUUCAUGAUGACAGCACAUAUUGGUGUCAUGGUCUUUUGUAGCUUUUGAAGAGGUAGUUCCUUUUUCCAAACUUUAUGAUAUGGUGUUUUCAUGGUGUGUCUCCUCCUUAAACUGUGUAUAAUUUGAGAGAUAAAUGCAAGGUUGUGAUAUUCAGUGCAUAGCAGUUAUACUUUGCUAUCCUUUCUUUCUUUGUACUUUCUUUUGCAUUGGACAUGAGGAAUAUAUUGUGAUCAUA